UUUCGUCCUGCUGGGGGGGACCCUUCUUCCUUUGGCCUGCCGGCUUUCUGUGUGAUGUAUACCGUGUGAUCCCGUAACAAGUUCCCCGAUCUUCUUCUCUUUGUCGAGCAAAACACUCUCUCUUUUUCUCUCUUUUGUCUCAUUGCAGAGCGAGUCUCUCUCUCCAAACUGUACUUUGUAGUUCUUCCCGCGUUUCCAAGAUGAAGGCCCUCGUCCACAUCUUCGUCUUCUUUUUCGCAGCCCUCGCGGCUUGCGCAUCGUCCACCACCGGCAACAUCACCGCUCUCCUCGACAGCCUGCCCAAGUGCUCCAUCAAUUGCAUUGUCGACGGCGUAGCCGAAGACGGGUGUACGCUCACCGAUCUCUCCUGCGGAUGCUCCAAGGUCAAUGAGCUCACGAAAAUCGUGUCGCCGUGCCUCGCCAAGGCAAACUGCUCGCUCGAAGACAUGACUCAAGCUGCGUCCACUGUCGUCCAGUUUUGCGAAUCUGCCGGGUUUCUCGUCAACAACACGUCGACCGAUCCGGCUUCCACGACAGGCGCAGCGCCGGCAGCAACCACCACGUCGGGCGCCGGCCGAUUUUCGGACGAAAUCGGGUUGGCGUUCGCUGCCAUUGGCGUGUUGUUGACGAUGAUGGUCUUGUAAACAGAGAGGGUUUGCUAUAAUGUUAUCUGAGGAGGUUAGGAACGGCAAUGGGAAAGGGCAAAUCGAACGCUUGGAAUUCAGAAAUAACGCUCUUCAGGUAGAGCCAUGCAUUUGCUCAGCAACAUGUAUUGUACAACAAUUGGCGGCUGUUUUCAUGACAAGACUUGGCGUGUAAAGGAAACAGCUAAGCAGGAAACAUAUCUUAUC